CGCGAGAAACGGUUAGAAAAAUCAACGGCCAUGAAGUCCGCCGCAUCAGCAACCCAUUGGGCAAAAUACAGGGCUAAGAUUGAAUCAGGCUAGCUUCAUGUAAAUUCCCCAAUUUGAUUUUCUAUUUAUUUCUUCUGAAACGUUAUCUACCCAAUUAUCUGCUGUUUCUGGUUCAAAUUUCCCAUGUAAAAAUUUAAAGCUCAUAUUAGUACUUUACUUGCCUCCAAUUUGUUCAAAUUUCAUUCUUCAUUUUACUGCUGAGCCAGUUGUUAAAGUUGUGUUAUUCUAGCUAAGUAAACAUUCUCCGAUUGCCACUUGAAGUUGAAUUGUAUUGAUUUUCUGAAGCUGGAAUUCAAUUUUACGCGAAAUUGUUUCGGGUUUGCUGAUUAUUGUUGAGUGGAAUUUGAUGAUUUCUGUCUUCCUGGAUUACUUCAAAUUGUGGGUGAUAAUAUAUGGUUUGAAGUUGGAGUACUGAAAUGGAGUCAUCUGCUACAUCAGGUUUGAACAAUCGAGCUUCCAUUGAUGUGUUUAAACCGUCGUCAUCGAGUUAUGGCGAUGAAAAGCAGCCUGAGACCAAGAAAGAAGGGUUCAAUGUGGAAGUGCUUAAAAGGGUAGGUGAAGAUUCUGGAAAAGUUGGAGAAACUAAGGAUGAUAAAGAGGUUUCGGAUAGGUGGAUGGCGUUUAAAGCGACGGAACCGGGUUCUUCUCAGAGUACUGAUGCGAAUUCUGGAGCUACAAUUGAGGAAAGGUCUGCAGAAUGGGGAUUUGUGGUCAGGUCAGAUUCAGGAACGAGUUUUCAUAUGAGAGACUCGAAUGAAAUCAGCUCUGCCGGAGCAGGGGAACGAAGGAGGAGUUCAUCGGAAAGAGGCCCUGAUGAGGAAUCUGAAGCUGUUCCAAGAGUUUCCCAGGAGUUAAAGGAUGCUUUGUCCUCAUUGCAACAGACUUUCGUGGUGUCUGAUGCAACUAAACCGGAUUGUCCCAUUAUGUAUGCCAGCAGUGGCUUUUUUGACAUGACUGGAUACUCAUCUAAGGAGGUGAUUGGAAGAAACUGCCGUUUUCUACAGGGACCUGAAACAGAUCAGGAUGAGGUGGAUAAGAUUCGAACUGCUGUGAGAACAGGAAAAAGCUAUUGUGGCAGGCUAUUGAACUACAAAAAGGAUGGCACUCCUUUCUGGAAUUUGCUAACAGUCACUCCUAUCAAAAAUGAUAAAGGAAAAGUUAUAAAAUUUAUCGGGAUGCAGGUUGAGGUCAGUAAGUAUACGGAAGGUGUGAAUGACAAUGCUCUUCGACCAAAUGGGCUUCCCAAGUCACUUAUCCGCUAUGAUGCUCGACAAAAGGAAAAGGCGUUAGGUUCCAUCACUGAGGUCGUGCAGACAGUGAAACAUCCACGUGCGCAUGCAAGGUCUGUGAGUCAUGAUGUUAAUCUCAAGAGUCAAAGUGAGAAGCUUAAGCUUGAAUUCAUGCUUCCUGAACCUGCUGGAAUCGAUAGCAAUAGCACACCUGGUAGGCAAACACCUCACUGGGACGUGGACAAAAAGUCCAGGAAGUCGGCGCGAAUUUCCUUAAUGGGGUUCAAGAAGAGGUCUGCAAGCACUGUAGAGAGGCCAGAACCAAUGGUUGAACCAGAAGUUUUGAUGACUAGGGACAUAGAACGAACAGAUAGUUGGGAAAGAGCUGAAAGAGAAAGGGACAUACGCCAGGGGAUCGACCUAGCAACUACAUUAGAAAGAAUAGAAAAGAAUUUUGUCAUUACUGAUCCAAGACUUCCUGAUAACCCGAUUAUUUACGCAUCUGAUAGCUUUUUAGAGUUGACAGAGUACUCGAGAGAGGAAAUUUUAGGAAGAAACUGCAGAUUCCUUCAGGGGCCAGAGACAGACCAAGCAACUGUUUCAAGGAUACGAGAUGCAAUCAGAGAUCAAACAGAAAUUACUGUUCAGUUGAUUAACUACACCAAGAGUGGUAAGAAAUUUUGGAAUCUAUUUCAUUUGCAACCCAUGCGGGAUCAAAAGGGAGAGCUUCAGUACUUCAUUGGUGUGCAACUUGAUGGAAGUGAUCAUGUUGAACCUUUGAGAAACAGACUUUCAGAGACAACUGAACAAAAAAGUGCUAAAAUAGUCAAAGCUACUGCAGAAAAUGUCGAUGAAGCUGUUCGAGAGCUACCAGAUGCCAACUUGAGACCAGAAGACUUGUGGGCAGUUCACUCUCAACCUGUUUUUCCGAGGCCUCACAAACGCUACAGCACUUCUUGGGCAGCCAUUCAGAAGAUUACAGCAAAUGGCGAAACAAUUGGACUUCAUCAUCUGAAACCGAUACGGCCUUUGGGGUGUGGAGACACUGGCAGUGUUCAUCUGGUGGAAUUGAGAGGAACGAACAAACUAUAUGCUAUGAAGGCAAUGGAUAAAGCAUUAAUGAUGAGCCGCAACAAGGUUCAUAGAGCAUGCAUGGAAAGGGAAAUCAUUGCUCUGCUCGACCAUCCUUUCCUUCCAACGCUCUAUGCCUCUUUUCAGACACCUACACAUGUUUGCUUGAUAACGGAUUUCUGCCCUGGUGGAGAAUUGUUUGCCUUGCUUGACAAACAGCCAAUGAAAAUAUUCAAAGAGGAGUCUGCUAGGUUCUAUGCAGCAGAGGUUGUAAUUGGCUUGGAAUAUCUCCACUGUUUAGGAAUCAUCUACCGAGACCUAAAACCAGAAAAUUUGCUACUCCAAGAGGAUGGGCAUGUCGUGUUAACAGAUUUUGAUCUAUCCUUUAAGACGACCUGUAAACCACAAGUCAUAAAGCAUCAACGACCUAAAAGACGAUCUAGGAGCGAACCGCCACCAACAUUCGUUGCGGAACCAGUUACACAAUCAAACUCUUUCGUGGGGACUGAAGAAUACAUUGCUCCGGAAAUCAUUACUGGAGAAGGCCACAGUAGUGCAAUUGAUUGGUGGGCUCUUGGUAUUUUGCUCUAUGAGAUGCUCUAUGGUCGUACACCUUUCAGGGGAAAGAAUAGACAGAAAACAUUUGCCAACAUUUUGCACAAAGACCUUACUUUUCCCAGCAGCAUCCCGGUAAGCCUUGCUGCGCGGCAGUUAAUAAACGCAUUGUUACAGAGAGAUCCUGGCAGCCGCUUGGGGUCAAAUGGUGGAGCAAAUCAGAUAAAAGACCACCCUUUCUUCCGCGGAAUAAAUUGGCCCCUCAUUCGAAACAUGAGUCCACCACCUUUAGAGGCUCCUCUUAAGCUAAUUGGGAAGGAUUCGAAUGCAAAAGAUGUCGACUGGAAUGAUGACGGAGUGCUUACCCAAUCCUUGGACCUAUUCUAG